AUGGAUUUCGGGUCCUUGGAGACUGUGGUGGCCAAUUCUGCCUACAUUGCUGCGAGGGGCAGUUUCGACGGGAGCAACGCCCAGCCUUCACGGGACAAGAAGUACUUCGCAAAGCUCAAGCUGCCCCCACUCUCCAAAUGUGAAUCCCUCCGAGACAGCCUCAACCUUGAGUUUGACAGUGUGUGUUCAGAGCAGCCCAUCGGUAAGCGGCUCUUCCAGCAGUUUCUAAAGGCUGAUGAGAGGUAUGUGCCAGCCCUGGAACUCUGGAAGGACAUUGAGGACUAUGACACCGCCGAUUCUGACUUCCGGUUGCAGAAGGCCCAGGGCAUUGUGGCCGACUACUUGACCCCUCAGGCCAAGCUCUUCUGCAGCUUUCUGGAUGAAGGGAUGGUGGCGAAGGUGAAGGAGGCGCACACAGACGUCCAGGACGGACUCUUCCAGCCCGUCCUGCAGGCCACCAUGCUGCAUCUGAGCCAGGCCCCCUUCCAGGAAUACCUGGAGAGUCUCUAUUUCCUGAGGUUCCUCCAGUGGAAGUGGCUAGAGGCCCAGCCCAUGGGAGAAGACUGGUUUCUGGACUUCAGGAUCCUGGGGAAAGGGGGCUUUGGGGAAGUGUCAGCCUGCCAGAUGAAAGCCACUGGUAGGAUGUACGCUUGUAAAAAACUGAACAAGAAGAGGCUGAAGAAAAGGAAGGGGUACCAAGGUGCUAUGGUAGAGAAGAAGAUUCUAGCGAAAGUACAUAGCAGGUUUAUAGUCUCUCUGGCCUAUGCAUUUGAGACCAAAACCGACCUCUGUUUGGUGAUGACCAUCAUGAAUGGAGGCGACAUAAGGUACCAUAUCUACAAUGUCAAUGAGGAGAACCCCGGCUUGGAGGAGCCACGUGCCAUCUUCUACACAGCCCAGAUCAUCAGUGGCCUGGAGCACCUGCACCAGCACAGGAUCGUCUACCGGGACCUCAAGCCUGAGAACGUCCUCUUGGACAACGAUGGCAAUAUCCGAAUCUCUGACCUUGGCCUGGCGGUGGAGUUGAAGGACGAUGAGACCAAGACCAAGGGCUAUGCAGGAACGCCAGGUUUCAUGGCCCCUGAGCUCCUGCGGAGUGAGGAGUAUGAUUUUUCCGUGGAUUAUUUUGCCUUGGGGGUCACACUGUAUGAGAUGAUUGCAGCCAGAGGACCCUUUCGAGCCCGAGGAGAAAAGGUGGAGAACAAGGAACUCAAGCAGAGAAUCCUGUCAGACCCUGUGAAUUACUCGGAGAAGUUCAGCAAGGCCAGCAAGGACUUCUGUGAGGCAUUGCUUGAGAAGAACCCAGAGAAACGUCUCGGGUUCAGAAACGGGACUUGUGAUGAGCUGCGCGCCAACCCUCUCUUCAAAAACAUUAACUGGAGACAGCUUGAAGCUGGAAUGCUGAUACCUCCUUUCAUCCCAGACUCCAGAACUGUCUAUGCAAAGAAUAUUCAAGAUGUAGGUGCCUUCUCCACAGUCAAAGGUGUGGUCUUUGACAAAACAGAUACAGAAUUCUUUCAGGAAUUUGCAACUGGCAACUGCCCGAUCCCCUGGCAGGAGGAGAUGAUCGAAACAGGCAUUUUUGGGGAGCUGAACGUGUGGCGUUCCGAUGGGACUAUGCCGGAUGACAUGAAGGGGAUCACCACGGAGGAGCCAGCACCCUCAAAGUCAGGAAUGUGUCUGGUUUCCUAG